AUGGCCAGCCAACAUUUCUCCAAUGACCUGCAACAGGAAGUGACCUGCCCCAUCUGCCUGGACAUUCUGCAGGAGCCUGUCACCAUUGGCUGUGGGCACAGCUUUUGCCAAUGUUGCAUCUCUAGGAUUAAGGAAGCUUCUGGGGAUGACUUCAAAUGUCCUCUCUGCAAGUGUUCCGUGAGAAAGGACACAUUCAUACCCAACUGGCAGUUGAGGAAUCUUUUAGAGAAAAUUGGAAGAAUGGGUUCCUCUGAGAUGAAGCCAGAAGAGGAGGAGCUGAGAUGUUCAAAGCAUGGGGAGAAGCUGCACUACUUCUGUGAGGAGGAUGGGGAACUCCUCUGUGUGGUGUGUCGUGACUCCAAGGACCACAAAUCCCAUAACGCUAGUGUGAUGAAAGAAGCUGCUCAGCACCACCAGGAACAAAUUCAGGUGCAAGUGGCAGCUUUGCAGCAAAAAGAGCAGGAACUUGUACGUGUGAAGGCUCAAGAUGAAAAGAAGAUCAGCAACUUCAUGGCCCAAGUGGAGUCUGAGAAGCAACGGAUCCACACAGAAUUCAAGGACCUGCAGCAGGUCCUGGAGGAAAGGAAGAGCAUCCUCCUGUCCAGCAUUGAAUGGCUGGCUCAGGAGGGCACCAAGGAGUGUGAACGCUGCAAUGCUGACACACAGGCAAAGCUCAGCUCUCUCAAGGAUGCCCUGAAUUCCCUGAAGGUCAAGCAGCAGAUGCCACCCAGACAGCUGCUGCAGGACAUCAAAGGCACCUUGCAAAGGUGUGAAAAGGUUCAGUUUCAGUUACAAAGAACAACCCCAAUUCCUCUGGAACUGGAGAAAAAACUCAAUGAGGCCAAGUCCAGACAUGACUCCAUCAUCAAGAGCCUGAAGAAGUUUGGAGGUGUCAGCUUUAUCUGCAUGCCACAACACUGA